CUCUGCUGGAUCACCAACCGGGCGAGAACCCCCUAAACACGGAAUAAAAUGUCGCUCUCAUCUAUCCUUUCCGCUGAUGCCAUCGACAGUGCUAUCAAGGACUGCCAAGCACCGGACUCCUUCUGCCACAGGAAGUUUUUCCAGCUGUGCGGCCUCACCAAGAAGAGCCCCCAGGAAGUGAAGAAGGUUUUCGGGAUCCUGGACAAUGAUGGCAGCGGUUUUGUUGAGGAGGAAGAGCUCAAGUUUUUCCUCCAGAGGUUUUCCCCUGGGGCACGCGUUCUGUCUGACAAGGAGACGAAGGAAUUCCUGUGUGCUGCUGAUGACGAUAGCGACGGCCGGAUUGGAGCAGACGAGUUCCAGGCCAUGGUCUUGUCUUAAACAACUGGACUCCAUCGCUCCAGGUCGACCUGACCCCCCUCAACCCGCCCCUCCUCC